AUUACACACACUUAUUGUAUAUAUAGAAGCCAUCUUAUCCUGUGCACUCCUUCUCUGUAAUCUGUAUUAUCUUUCAGCCCACUCCCUCCAUUUUCCCCACCACUCCUCUAAAUUCCAAGGCAGAGGGGAACAUUGCAUUUUUCAUUGUUUUUAAUUUGCUUUUUAGGACCCUUAAACUUGUUUAUAGCUGUAAUUUUCGAUAUAGAUUGUGUGUUUAGAGAUGAUUUUCCUAUGUUUGUUUGAGUUUGAUCCACUUGGAUUGUGUGUAAUGUUCAUAACAUGACUAAAAGGCAAUUUAGUGGUUGAUGAAUUUGAAUAAUAGAUCUGAGUAUCUGUAAAGUUGGAUGUUCUGUAAUCUUUUUCUUUUUUCCUCUCUGUAGUAUUCCUACUUUUGGCUGUAAAUUUUUAGCCACAUUAUUGCAGAUUAAAAGGGGCUAUCUUUUUGCAAAUUGGGGUUCAAUAAUCAAAUGUGGGAGUUCUGAAAAGCCUGCUAAUGUGUAUAUUAAGAUUUCAAUGUGGUUCAGUUUAGAGAGUGUGGAUGGAUGUACAUGAAUUAGAUCAAGCAUUAGUGAAGCAUUCAGUAGUGGAGGUUCCGAGGAAAAAUGGAGCUACUAGCCGAUCUAGGAGUAGGGAUAUUAGUUCUAGGUAUAGAUCAUCGACUCCAUCCUCAGUUGCAAGUCCGAGGCGGUGCCCUUCCCCGAAUUCUAGAACAGCCACGACAUCAUCUGUAUCGGUUCCGAAGAGAGCUAUAUCUGCUGAAAGAAAGCGGCCCUCGACACCACCUUCACCGCAGAGUCUGUCUGCAUCAGCUCGUGAUACAAUAAAAAAAGUACAUAUGGUGGUACCUACAAAGUUAGUAAGUGAUCGGACGGCAGAGGGACUAUGGCCAUCCACAAUGCGUAGUCUCAGUGUCGCUUUCCAGUCUGAUACCUUUUCCAUUCCGGUCAGUAAAAGAGAAAAGCCUGUUACCCAAGCCCUGUCAGAUCGCAAUUUGAGGCAGUCACUGAAUGUGGCACAUAAAGUGGCAAGUACAGUGCCCGCUUCGCGAAAGCCUACACCGGAGAGAAAGAGGAGUCCGCUGAAAGGAAAGAAUGCCCCUGAUCAAUCUGAAAAUUCCAAACCAGUUGAAGAAUUAAACACUCGGCAAGCGGGUGAACACAGAUUGCCUAGCAUAUUUGGUGGAAGAUCAUCAUCAGGUUCUUCAGUUAAAAGCAUUGACCUUUAUGGUAAAACAUCUAAAGCUUUGGCAGCUUCACAAGGAAUGGCGGCACCUUCUUUGAGGCGAAUGUCCUUACCAGGUUCUUUGGCAACACCCUUGCAGAAGUCUGCCAGUGAUGUGGUGAGGCUAAUGUCACCAGAUGGAGAAGUAGAAAAUGGGAAUAAUGAUAUUUUAAGAUUAACCAAACUUAAUUCUUCAAUAUUGUUUGAAAGAACAAAAUUAGUUACUCCUGCUGGCCGAACUCGAUCUUUGCCGGGUUCACACCCUUCAUCUCCAAAUAAGACAUCUAUGCCUUCAUCUUUUGUUUCUAGAUGUCCCAGUCCAGCUCGAACAACCUUAAAUUCUGCUCCAUCUAGAGGAGUAACUCCCUCUUGGUCAAGGCCAUCCAGCCCCUCCAGUCAAGCUAAAAGUUCGACAUCUGUACUGAGUUACAUUGCUGAUAUCAAAAAGGGAAAGAAGGUCACAAGCCACAUCGAAGAUGUGUGUAAAUUGAGGCUACUUUACAAUACCCAUUUGCAAUGGAGAUAUGCCAAUGCUCGAGCAUAUGUUACACAAAAUUAUCAGAAAUUAUCUGCAGAGAAAACAUUGAUCAACGUGUCUAGAACUACCUCAGAGUUGAGAGUUUCCGUUAUUGAAAAGAGAAUUUUCCUCCAUCAACUCAAGCUGAAAUUGAAGUUGGCCUCUGUUUUAAAUGAACAAAUAACCUACCUUGAUAGAUGGCAUUUUCUUGAGAAAGAUCACAGCUGUGCUGUAUCAGGAGCUAUUAAAGAUUUGCAGGCAAGCACUAUCCGCCUUCCAGUCACAGAAGGAGCAAGGGCAGAUCUUGAUACAGUGCAGGCAGCUAUGUGCUCAGCUGUCAAUGUAAUGCACACAGUGGGAUUAUCCAUCUCUUCUGUACUCCCAACGGUUGAAGAGGUGAAUUGCUUGGUUUCUGAACUUGCUAAUGUAGCAGCAGAGGAAAGAGCCAUGAUUGAUGAAUUUGAAGCUUUAUUGGCAACUACAGCUGCUAUGCAGGCAGAAGAAAACAGCCUUAGGAUGCAUCUCGUACAGUUGAAACAAAAUCGGGGAGUACUAAAAUGACUGAUAAACAAAUGAUCCAUCACCAAUAGGCCUCUACUACUUCAGGAUACUAAACUAACAGCAGUAAGGUCUGCCUCAACAAACGAUACACAACUACUAGCCUCAUAGGUCACAGCGAGUACAUAUAUACUUCUUUUUUAGGGGAAGGAAAAUCAAAGUUUUUAUUUUCUUUUCCUUCUUUCCUUGGCAAAUGCCAUUGGUGCCAUCUUGUCUAAGCUGUAAUUGUUGUAUGUAAUUCUUAUAUCAGUAACGAGAAAAGAAAUGCCAAUGAAGAAGGAAUGGAGUUUCUAGA